CAUAUAUUUUUCCUUCCUAUGAUAGCCCGACGGGCAGGGCUGAGAUAGAUUUUGGUAGCCCGACUGGAAAAAUCGCUAGCCCCGGGACGUCGGGCUAGCGAUUUUGCGAGCCCUGCUCUGUCAUAUCAGGGAGUGAGCUUCUGGAAUAGUCUUCCACUGUCAGCGAGGGAAAGUCUCCCUGUCUGUAAGAGUCACUUAAAAGGGCGGCUGAGGGACACACAAACAUGUGAUCAUGUUUAAUAAUCAUGCUUCAUAUUGGACGUGAAAAAGAGGUUGUGCAUUACAAAAAGGGAAACAACUAUUAGUGUAAUGUGUCAGUGCAAUAUCAGGCAUGUGUAAUACUGGGGUUUGUGCAAUAUAACUGAUGUGUUUCAGUUAUUGGCGCAGUGUGAGCGGACUAUCAGCUGGACAGAGGACGUCUCAGAGGAUGUGCUCAAGUGACGGCGGUGCCAGUGAGCUCACGCACAUUUACCUGUUUACAGCCUUGGACACAUGGCGAGGACAACGUGGAGAAAGAUCCUGCAGACUGGAAGCAUCCUUUGGUCACAUGACACUAAAGCUUUCUGCCGACAGACUGUGAGCUUGUGUGUGGAGAGGCUACAACCCAAAGACCGGCCUCUUCCACAGCAAGCCCACAGCGAGCCCAAAGCAAGCCCACAGUCAGCCCACAGUGAGCCCACAGUGAGCCCACAGUCAGCCCACAGUCAGCCCACAGUCAGCUCACAGCCAGCUCACAGUCAGCCCACAGUCAGCUCACAGUCAGCCCACAGCGAGCCCACAGCGAGCCCACAGCCAUCAGCCCACAGCGAGCCCACAGUCAGCCCACAGCGAGCCCACAGUCAGCCCACACUCAGCCCACAGUCAGCCCACAGCCAGCCCACAGUCAGCUCACAGCGAGCCCACAGCGAGCCCACAGUCAGCUCACAGUCAGCACACAGUCAGCCCACAGCGAGCCCACAGUCAGCCCACAGUCAGCCCACAGUCAGCCCACAGCGAGCCCACGGUCCCUGCCAGGAGAGCGUCACACCUGGAGGACCUGAGAUGGUCCAAAGAUCGCUCAGGUGACGAGUGUGAGCAGCAUGGCGAGUCGUUCGCACCCUGGACGCUGCAGGAGAAAUUCCUCGCUCUGUUUAGCGGCACGCAAGAAAAACUGAAGAGCGUGUCGGAGUUGCGCACACCCGAGUGUGAGCUUGAAACUGUUGGAUGUGCGCACCUGUGCAGGAGCUCAUUCAGGCACGUCUUCCUCCGCAUCACCUGUUAGUUUCUUUGUUUACAUUUUGCGUGGACAGCAUGGUAGCAACUACCCACAAUGCACUGGCAUCCCUGAGCUUUAUUAGCAUUACUAGUAGCUGUGUACCUGUCAAGAUA